UUAUCCCGUUCAAUACAACACCAAAUCUCAAAGCCCUAAGUUAGUGUGUCUUACACGACACUACGCUGUUUCGCUGGGGGGUUUUGCCAUCUUCGCUAGGGUUUCAGGUGUGUAAAGAAGAUGUCGAGAGUGUAUGUUGGGAAUCUGGACCCUAGGGUCAGUGAAAGGGAGCUUGAAGAUGAAUUCCGUAUCUUUGGAGUUAUAAGAAGUGUUUGGGUUGCAAGACGUCCCCCUGGCUAUGCUUUUAUUGACUUUGAUGACCUACGAGAUGCACAAGAUGCAAUCAGAGAGCUGGAUGGUAAGACUGGAUGGAGGGUGGAGCUUUCACAUAAUUCUCGAGAAGGUCGUGGGGGCCGUGGAGGCGGUCGUGGUCGCUCUGGAGGCUCUGAUUUGAAGUGCUACGAGUGUGGCGAGCCUGGUCAUUUUGCUCGUGAGUGCAGAUCGCGUGGAGCUCCUGGAAGACAUAGAAGUCGGAGCCCUCCUAGAUAUCGAAGGAGCCCAAGUUAUGGUCGUAGGAGUUAUAGUCCUCGUGGGCAUUCCCCCAGGCGCCGAAGCGUGUCGCUGCGCGGUCGCAGCUAUAGCCGAUCUCCAUAUCGCGGGCGAGAUGAAGUUCCAUAUGCUAAUGGAAAUGGACUCAGAGAGCGUCGCAGAAGCCGAAGCUGAAUGUGGAAGAUGAUUGCCUGACUUGUCCAGGGGUUUUCGAUUAGUGUGUUACUGUCCUUGACUUAAUCAAAGCUGUGUAAGUGGGGCCACGCCCUCUGGUUUAACUGGUGGUUUUGGUUUAAUUUCAGUACUUGCUAUUGGCCUGAUAAGUGUUGUUUUUUGUUUUUUCUGAUGUUACCCUUUUUAAGAACCUAUAUCAUAGGAGCUUAUAUUUUGGAUUUUAUGGUAGCUGUUAUUUUUAAGAAGAAAUUAUCACAAAGAAUGUUGCUAAAGAGUUAUGUUUUUGUUUUCUUGUGCCAAGGUGUCUUCCUGGUACUGCUUCAUUGGUUUUCUGCUUCUACACUCUGGUUGCUUCGUUGGUUUUCUGCUUCUACACUCUGGUUUCGUUCUCCAGUGCCCUGCUGUGGGAUCUUCAAUUUCGAAGAUUGUGGAUCCCAGCUGGCUAAAUUGCUAGAUGCUUCUGUUUGUUGAAUCCCUGCGGG